AGUGAACGACAACAUUGUAGUACCAAAAAAUACUGAAGUAUUUUUUUCGACAUAUUUUAUGCACCGAAAGGGUAAAUAUUGGACGGAUCCCUUACGAUUUAAUCCUGAUCGUUUUCUUCCGGGAAAUUAUGAUCCGAAGUGUUUCAUUCCAUUUGGUUCUGGGAAACGAGUUUGUAUAGGUAAAUUAUUUGCCAUGGCACAAGUGAAAACAAUAGCUGCUAGUUUAUUGAGAAAAUUUACUGUUGAAAUAGAUAAUCCAGUAUCAGUUGAAAAUGUCGACGUAAGCUUUUGCAUUACUUUGAAACCAGCUGAAACUAUACUUUUGAGAUUUAUCAGACGAUAAUAUUUAUUAUUUUUGUCAGUACUAUGUUCCGAA